AUGGCUGCCACUACAGCAAAGAUAGAUGGUCCCCUGCCAGGAAAUUCUGAUGGAAUAGCAGUAUCCCCGCAAAAGCCUUCGAAUUCACUCAUGCAAUACUCCGUAACGUCAGAUGACUACUUGGAUCAGUUCAUCCCAUUUAUAAAGGCUGAACUCCGGGAGAAGGACAGUUUGGAUGAUCUUGUGACUAAUCUAGAAAAAACGUCGCAGGAAAAACAGAGUACCCUUGAGGGGCUUUCAUUUGACUCUGUUGAUGACCUUACAACCUCUAUGGACAAGAUAAAGACCAUCGUACAGACGUCUUCCCAACUAUCAACGGAUUUGAGCUCAAUUAAUAGAGAGUUGAACAAUACAGGUCAGGCCUUUGCCAGGGAGAAAAAAAUGGCUUUGCAUUACAAGAAGAUCUACAGCAAGAUCAAUGAGACAUCCCUAACGAUCAAUUCGUGUUUGGAUAUGUUAGAAAAGACUAACAAGAUCCUAGAAUUGAUUCAAAAUAAGGAAUUUUACAAGGCUCUUAUCAACUUGGAAUCAUUGGCUCGUGUUGAUUUCGAAGAAAUUGAGCAGUUUGAUUUCAGUGUAAGGAUUUACAAUUCGAUUCCAACUUUUAAAAAAAUGAUUAUUGAAGAGACCUUUAACCAGCUUAUUAAGUGGAUGAACUUGAGUGUGGAAAAGAAGUUACCUCAAGUAGGCGAAGUUUUAUAUGAGACUUGCAGGGCAGUGAACGAAUCUUGGCUUUCGAGGCAGUCUAAUGACCCAGAACUGCUUAAGUUCAAGGUGAAUUCACCUAUUGAGAUAUCACUUAGAGAAGAUCAGCUCAAAUAUUUCAAUCCUUUUGAAAAAGGUCAGGUUCAAAUAGAGUUGGGUCCGCUUUUUCAUUCAAUUCUGGUAGCUGAGUCUGUGAAUGAACUUGAUAAGUUGCGGGAGGAUUUUUUGAAUGAGAUCCUUAGAAGAAGGGAUCGACUGAUCUACCCUAUUCGAGAGGCAAUAACGAACAACAACUUUGAGAUGCUUUCUAAUUUAGAGUCUCUCAAGAUACUGAUGUAUUCCAUGAUUGCAUUUUUGGUUACUGACAGAUACAUCUCUGGUAAAACCAGGUAUAAAGUGCGAAGUAAGAAGCAAGCAGAGGAUUUGUUUGAUUCAAUUAUGACCAAGUUGGUGCCUCUUUUGGAGUUGUGUCUUGUCAAGUUCACAACUACUUUGGAUAAUGCCGUCGAGAUAUGCGACAUUGUGGGAUGCUUUCUCCAAAUAAGUGAAUAUUGGGGAUAUGACUGUCGCAAGCUUUACGAUGUAAUGCUCAGUUUGUUCAAGCUAUACAUCAGAUUGUCUGUGGCCCAAUUUCUAGAUGAUUAUAUGGGAUUGUCAUUGGAAGAUGAUUCGCAACCGUUGACUGUUGAUAGUCGGAAGCAAUUUGAAACAGUAACAAACAACUGUUUCUACAAAUUCGAGGAUAAAGAUUUCACAUUUCCGAAGACUUUACCGUAUUCGGUGAUAUACCCUGGAGGAUGCCUCAGAUUACGCAAUUUUAUCCAUGACUUGUACAAAUUCUUGGAGAAGUACUAUGGCAAGCGCUUGGAUAGUGUUUCGCAGAUCAUAUCUUCUGCAGUUGAUCAAGUUCUAAUCGAUAUCAUUCUAAAGGAUUUGGAUAACAAGGUGCAUUCAUCUUAUAAGGAGGAGAUGUCUCAGAAUUUGAUCAACUUAGAGUUCUUCAGUAAUUCGGUCUAUGAGAUAGAGAAAUACCUCAACUUCUCAUCUGAGCCAGUUAUUAUCAAGUCUCGAACUGCAUCCACCAUGAUUAAGUUGAAAGCAGAGAAUGCAUUUAAAGCUACCCGUCGUCGGGCCGAAGAUGGAAUGUUUGAAAUGGUGGACAGUAAAGUGGAUAUGUUAUUUGAUAUGGUGAACUUUGAAUGGAACUCCACGACUAUCAACGAGGAACCAAGUAUCAGCAUCAAAGAUAUGGGAUUAUAUUUGGAGAAUAUGUUCAAAUUAGACUUUUCGCAUUUGCCAUAUUCGAUGAGAACACUCUUGCUUAUUAGGUCAUUUGACAAGAUCACCACACACUUGAAAAGAUCUAUUUUUGAAGCAGAUUCAAUUACCAAAGAAGGAGUUCAAAAUUUUGAGAUUGACAUCGAUUACAUAGAAUCGCUGAUCCAAAGCUUGAAAGGUUGGGGUGGUCAUGUGACGGAGGUAGUGGGUUAUGAAGGUGACAAAGCCAACGAAGCGUUGGCCACAAUGUUUGUUGGUUUAAAGCAGAUUGUGGAUCUAUUUAAAGAUGGCAAUCUAGAGAAUUACAAAGAUAAGAGUAUGAGAACUACUCGAUUCAGUUCUAUUAAGCCUGAACAGGCCCAGACCCUUGUAAACAAGUUGGAAGAUUAUCAGAUAGCACAGCAAAAGAUGCUGAUGAUGGAUCGGGCUACCCCGUAUUCGAGAAGUGCCAGUGGAACGCCUUCGUCACCUACACUUGAGGGCGGUGAUCAGACGCACUCGAUGUUCUCCGGAUUAAAAAGACAGGCUACCAUCAAUGGAAUCUCAUUCAAAAAGUGA